UUUAAUGUACUUUGCAUAACUCGAAUAGCCUAGAACAAACCACGAAAACCAACCAGACGUGGGUCUCUUUUUCUCACAGCGCGUGAGUGUCACAGUGACAGCGCGCGCACUUGUCUGUGGUCACCACAACUCCACGGAGCGGAGGAAAGAUAACACUCGACUCGCCUUUGCCCUGACCAAACACGCUCAGAGUAGUGCAUUUUUGCAUAUUACUUUGUCCGGGUGAUAAAACGUGUGGAAUGAUUUGGUUUGGACGUUCAGAAAUGACAGCAUGCCUGUGGAGAAACCUACAACUCAGGUGCGCUGCGGAAACACGCUUGUACACAGCUAAAGUUAAGAAGUCUCAGUGAAGGUCUACUUCAUUCUGCUUCAUUCAAUCUGGCAGCUGUUUACUUUAAGGCUUUCAAUGAAAGGCUGAAGUAAGCUGGACCUAAGGGACAUGCUGGUGAAUGGGUAAAUCAAGAUUUACAGAGGGGUGUCUCCAUUGACCCUAUGGUCACCUCCUCAAAGUGAACCCCAAAGAAUCUCAAAAGCUCAUACCAGGUUAUUUCUAUCCCCUCUUUCCAUUCAAAAAGAUAUCAUACAUUCAGGAGGAAUGGUCAGAUUGGCUCAUCCUCACACCUAUUGCAGGAGCCAUUGAGUGGCGGAGUGAAGUCCCACUGAGCAAUUAUCGGGAGCACAACUAUGUGUGUCCCUGAGGAUGUCCUUUCACACCGGUUGAUGGCACCAUGUCUUCACUCGUCUACAUUGUUCUUGAGCUCCUGAUUGCAGUUUUGGCCGUGGCGGGGAACGUUCUGGUGUGCUGGGCCGUCUGCCUUAACAGUAACCUCCAGAGCAUCACCAACUUCUUCGUGGUGUCACUGGCCGUGGCGGACAUUGCUGUAGGACUCCUGGCCAUUCCGUUCGCGGUCACCAUCAGCACGGGCUUCUGCAGCCAUUUUCAUGGGUGCCUCUUCAUUGCCUGUUUCGUGCUGGUCCUCACACAGAGCUCCAUCUUCAGUUUGUUGGCCAUCGCCGUGGAUCGCUACAUCGCCAUCAAGAUCCCAUUGAGGUACAACAGCCUCGUCACAGGCCAAAGAGCCAAAGGCAUCAUUGCGGUAUGCUGGAUUCUUUCAGUGGUCAUCGGCUUGACCCCCAUGCUAGGCUGGAACAGACGGGUCGUCAUUGGAACCAAUAGUACUUGUCCUCAAGGUAUGACAGAGUGCCUGUUCGAGAAGGUGGUCACCAUGGAUUACAUGGUUUACUUCAACUUUUUCGGUUGCGUCUUGAUUCCGCUUUUUGCCAUGCUGGCCAUCUAUGCAUGGAUCUUCAUGGCUGCCCGUCGCCAGCUCAGACAGAUGGAGCAGAAACUUGUACACUUGCAAGGCUACGCCCACAGGGAGGGAUCCUCUUCCCGCAGAGUAAAUGCACCCGCAGAGACCCACACGGAGGCUCGCAUUAACGCCGCCGUCUGCGACAGUGUUUCAUAG